CAUGCCGGACGGUUACGUUCUAUUUUGUUGUGCUCCCUCUCUCCCCACCAUAUAAAUAGCCCCACCAACGCACUCGAGAAACGCAGCUCAAAUUUUUCGUUGACGUUCUGUUUGGCGCCAAUUAAAAUUAAACAGAGGCGGGAGAACGGAGAAACACGGAGAGCUCUCCGUGGUUUUCUAAUUGACCUAAGCGCCGCCGCCAACGACGAAGACGAUCGUCUCUGUAUCAUUCCCGAUCGUACUGUAGUUCGUCGUUUUUCUGCUUUCUUCCGGAUUGAGUUUCGAUCAUUUCUAUCUUGUUUUCGGCUGCUUUUAUUCUCUGUUUGUCUAGACUGUAUUCUGGACAUUUCAGAGGUCCCUACAAAAUGAUAGGAGCACUAAUCACCAGAGGACUCACGAUGAUUUUGGGAUAUGCCUAUCCGGCUUAUGAGUGUUACAAAACUGUCGAAACCAGUCAGCCACAGAUUGAGCAACUUCAUUAUUGGUGCCAGUACUGGAUUCUGGUGGCUAUAUUGACGAUUCUCGAGAGAAUUGGUGAUUCUUUUAUUUCAUGGUUUCCAUUCUAUAAUGAAGCAAAGUUGGCAUUCUUCGUUUAUCUGUGGCAUCCAAAAACAAAGGGAGCGAACCAUGUGUAUGAUUCAUUUUUCAGACCAUAUGUUUCAAAGCACGAGCCUCAUAUUGACCGCAGCUUGACGGAAUUCAAGCUCAAGGCUAGUGAUACUGCUUUUAUCUACUUUCAAAGAGCUGCCUCCUACUUUCAAACAACAUUGUUCGAUAUAUUUGCAAAGUUCGCUCAUCAAUCGACCACCCCUGCUGCUCCCAAGCCACAGAAGCAACCAUCAACGGGAAAUGAAAAGGAGGAAGCUAAAGAGGAAUGAGAGGACAAUGCUAGAAACAGAAACAAAACAUUCAGACCAAUAAAUUAUACCCUAAACUUUCUUCCAAAAAGAAAACGUUGAUGGAAUAAAAAACAGUCCGAGAAAACUCUGUACUAUAAAAUCUAUUACAAACUCAUUUACCAAUAUUGUAAAAAAUGAUAAAUAUAUUACUUCUUCUUUCAACA